UGAUACCAAGUAAUUAACUGGAAUUUGAUUGACUCUUGAAGUAAUAUACGUGAAACCUUGAGUCAACCUGUUCAAUGAAACUUACAUUGUCAAAGAGCAUUUGUGAUAUUGACCCUUCUUUUUAAGACAUAAAAAUUGAUUCUUUCUAUUUGUGCAACAAAGUUUUGAUGCCUGAUUAAAACUUACUGUACUGAUCUCUGAAAUAAGAACAGUAUAAACUCUUUACUGUACUGAUCUUUGAUUUAGGAUUAAAAUAUUUUUUUUGAUUUGAUUCCCAUCUUUUCAGCUGUUAUUUUGCAAUGCGCCUAAUUUUCAUGGUGUCAGUGCAAGCAACCUUGGUUUUCUCAUCUGAACAGUUUUAAAUCUGCUUAAGAAAAUUUGGUGCAGAGUUUAACUUGUUUAAGGCUUAUCUUGAGCUGGAAAAAGUUGAUGCGGCUCAUAUUUUUAUUAACUUGGCAAAUGCCUGAGAUAUCAAUGUCUGUAAAACUUGGUUUUGUUUGAGAUUAAAUGUUGAAAACAUUCGGUUUGUGUAAAAAUUUGAUUAUGUAUCAGUUGGUACAUUGCUGACCGUUAGCCGUAUAUAUUGUUGUAGACUUGUACUGUGUUUCAAUCCGUGCUCGUCUGUUAAUUUUUUUUCCCUAUAGCACAAUCUUCAUUGUUUUACAGCCUUUUAUGAAUCUGAAAACAUGGCCAUACUUGAACUUAAAUUCGAGAUUCAAUGAGUGAAAAUAUAGCAUGAUUUUAGAUGUAGUUUAGUGGUUCAAUAUUCCCAGGUGCAAUUCAUUACAAAUAUAAUCUAUGUUUCCUUGUAUUGUGCCAUGCCCAAAUAAUCUUUUUGAAGUGUUGGUUGCCUGUUUCUACUUGAAAUAUGCAUAUUUCAAACUAGUGGUAAUACAGCUAGUAAUUAUAUUUCAGUUCAUUCUAUUUUGCUAGGGUCAUAUUAACUCUCAAAUGUGAACUGUGUUUCAGGACGUGCUCCAGGGCCUCCACCUCCACCUAGACCUCCAGGUGGCGACCUCCUCCACCUCCUCCUGCUGGUGCCAAAGGCGCAAUUCCUGAUGCAAGAGGCCUAUCUGCAGGGAGGGGCAUGGGCUGACACAUCCUAUAGGGAUGGGGGCCGCUGCUGCUGCCCCUCGAAGAUCUUCAUUAAAACCACUGCACUGGAGCAUGUUUACAAGAGCAUUGCAAGGAAGCUUGUGGGAAGAAUUGCAAAGAUACGGGGAUCCUCAAAUGUAUUUCAACUCCUGUUGCUGUCCUAUCGUUCUAUUAUUAUGAAUUAUGCUCCAGAAUUUGAUGUGUCAGAGAUAGAGAGUCUUUUCUCUGCAACAGUCCCUAAACCUGCUGAUUCAGGGGGUAAAGCUGGAGGGCGUCGUAAGUCUACUGGAUCCAAAACUGACAAAGUUCACCUGAUUGACCUGAGGAGGGAAAACAACACUGAAAUUAUGCUCACAAAAGUUAAGAUGCCGCUUCCUGAUAUGAUGGCUGCAGUGCUAGCGAUGGAUGAAUCAGUAUUAGAUGUUGAUCAGGUGGAAAAUCUAAUAAAAUUUUGUCCUACUAAAGAAGAGAUGGAACUUCUCAAGGGUUACACAGGUGACAAGGAGAGCCUGGGAAAGUGUGAACAGUAUUUUAUGGAGUUGAUGAAAGUUCCUAGAGUGGAAUCAAAAUUGCAAGUGUUCUCUUUCAAGAUUCAGUUCAAUUGUCAGAUUUCAGAAUUUAAAAAGAGUUUGAACACUGUGAACUCUGCAUGUGAAGAGUCUCUUCUGUGUAGUGAGUCCAGGGUUAAAGAAUGUCCGGGCCUUUUCCUCUGCAUCGUGGCAUAUCUUCUGGGACACGAGGCUCUAGAGGGAGCAAUGAUUUCAGCGACUCUUAAAUGAAAGAUAAAACAGAAAAGGAUGAUUUGGAUAGAAGAGGUUCAUCUGAUCAGAGUGCCUUUGGGAUGAAUUAAUUUCAAGAAUACUGGCUUGCAGUGCUCCUGUUGGAGCAUGUUGGUACGAGUCACAUCGGUGCGAGUCAUGGUGCUCUAUCUUCCUCACACAAGUCACAUCGGUAUCUCCUCUGCUGGAAGGAAGAACCCAUGCAGGAACAUCUCUGUGAGCAGGUUCCUUAAAUUUCAGUGAUCUUUAGCUUGGGGGAGUGAUAGCUAUUUAUGCUCACAACAAAGACAAGUGCAAAAAGGAUGAUGAAUUGAAGAAUGGAGCAAGUUUCAUGCAUGGUUUACUUUUGUGUACCUUGUAAUGUUUCUGUUUUUCAUUUUUGAAGUAAAAAAUAUUCAAGAUUAUAAAACUUUAUUAUGUUAUGCUUUCAAACUUAAGUUAGAAUUAAGUUCUCAUGAAGUAGACACAUUCAUUGUUUGAAUUAGUUAUUGUUCAAUGUA